UGCGAUGUACAUGGAGUACGCCCAUAGAGCUCCGUCAGUAGAGGAAUUUAGUUAUUUUUAUGACAUAAAGAGCGUGGGCCUUCAUAACGGCUUCUUUUGCUUUAGUAAAUGGGCGACUUCUGAAAUCAACGGGGUUGAGGGGAUGGUUUCGAACAUGGGUGAUUGGAAGUCAAAAUGGUUCUACGUUUUUAAGGUUCCUGGGAUCAGAACCGACUUUAAUCGCAGACCCAAUAGACCAGCUCGACCAACGCUUAACGCUCAUAAAAAGGGGGUAGCUGAAAUUCUUGGGAGUCUUCCGGUACAAGAUCGCGACUGGCGAUUGCUGUGUACGACUGCCAAAUUGCGAGAACACAAACUGAUCCCUGAGAACGCGAGUCUUCAACGGGAGCCAGUAUAUAAAGAACCAUCUGAGAGACAGCAGGAGCGGAUAGAUAAACGGCUUUCCAAGCAAACUCCUCGAGAAACUUCAGGUAACUCGUCCUUUCGCCAUAACGUGAUGAGUAGCGUCGUGAUUUUUUUUUUUACUUAUCUGUCUUUUAUGCUCGCAGACAUGACUUUCACGAAGUACGCACAUGUCCCGAAGAUCAAGCAAAAGGGUGGGACACCGGCUUCUUCACCAGUCGUCGCACAGAAGAGGAAGAGCGAUGUGAUGACUUCGCUCGCUGCAGAUUCCUCCAAGAAGUUGGCCAAGACCACUCAGGAUAAGGGGAAGAAGGUUGUCAUUGAUUCUCCGGUUCGCCCUCGCGACUUCCUGGCUAUGCAGGAAAAAUUACUGGCCGAGAUUCCUUAUGAGGAACUUGUUUCUCGAUCAACUGAACUGGCCGCACAAUCUGUGGCUUUGUUUAUGAAAGCCGUGGCCACGCCUUCGAAGGAAACUGCUCCUGAUGAGACUACUCCCGCUGCUUGA